AUGAAGGUCGCGUACCAAGGCGUUGCCGGCGCGUACUCGGAGAAGGCCGUCCACCAGCUCCUCGGCCACGAAGGCGUCGAGGCCACCGGCUACGAGUCGUUCGAAGCCGCGUUCACGGCCGUCACCGACGGCGACGUCGAUACGCGUAUCCGACCGGCGCGUUCUACGUCUUUAUCGACGCUCCCCACCUACAUUGGCACCAACCACGUCGGCACGAACGGCGCGACGAUCAGCGACAGCGAGGUCUUUUGCUCGUACCUCCUCUCGGAAUUCGGCUGCGCGAUCGUGCCAGGCUCGGCGUUUGGCAUUGAAAACUCGGUGCGCAUGUCGUACGCCACGUCGCUCGAGGUCCUCGGCCACUCGAUGGACGCGCUUGAGAACUGCCUCCUCUCGCUCGUGCCCCAGUAG